GACCAAAAUUGGCUGAUAAGAUAAGGAAAUAAGUUAUUGUAUUGGCCCGUGUGCAUGUGCUUGGUACUUAGAUACUGUAAUAACUGUAUGACAGUGUAUGUACCUAGUACGGAGUAACUCCAUCUCAAUCAAUUGAACCUCAAUCCCUUGGUAAGUUAUCUUUCUCCCCACCAAAAUUCGAGAGUCGCGUGCGUCGUUGAAUUACAAACCUCUUAUUCCUCUUUUAUCUCUUCCUCUUCUUCUUUUAACCGAGAACAUAUUACAUGUACCAUAUUAUGUACUCGGCAACUAGUACUAUAGGUGCUUCAUUGCUAUUUUAAUUUGUAUUGUUUACCUUAAUAUAUAUGUGGAGCUUCGGUGGCUUCUUGUUUCGUUAAGCUGUAAAGCUAGGAGAAAGAUAGAAAGGUUGAAAGGUCCGUGAGGAUUCGAGUUGUAGGAAGGCUGGGGUUGAUCGAAUCCAAAGCCCCUCAACACCCUCUACCCUAGUUUCCAAUAGGAAUUAUUCCAAUUAAAACAAACCCCCCCAGAACUUACGGCGGUUAUCGCGCUUCUAUGAUCUCCUUGUCCUUCGCCGCUUCGAGCGCCCUAAGCGAUUCCGGGCCGCAAUAUGUCUACUAGUCAUGAUACGGCGACAACACCUCCAUCAUUCGGGGAUGAAAGUCCUGAUAUAAGCGAUACCGAGUCCGGGAGCUCCUAUGCCGGAAGUGCCGCCCCAGAUACCCCCGUCUGUCCUUAUCAGAACGCCGAGUUCUUCGGUCACGAAUGCACUCGCUAUCACGAUUGCCCGACACACCUAGUCGAGAGAGAUAAUGUCGAAGAUAACGCCGUCAGUGACGAUGCGGUCGGCGCAAGUAGCCAAUCUCCACGGCAUGAAGUUAUGGGACCAGCGCUGGACAGUUCAGACGAGGUUGGGGCAAGCACGGAAUCAAACCCGGAACAUAAUAGAGUAGACACAUCAAUACCUGAGCAGUCGUUGCCUUUGGAUACACAAUCAUCCCAGCCCGAGGACGAUCGUUCUUCCUCGGAACGAACAAGCUCAGCGCCGGUGGCAACGAUACCGCGCAUAGAACCAGGUUCCGCUCCACAUGAACAGGUCACCACGCCUAACGAAGCUAUAGACCACUUCACCGAAUCACUUCAUGAAUUAUCCCUUAGAGAUGAGGCACAGACAAACCCUGUACCUGACGCAAGUUCAUCGUCGCUCGGAGAGAGGGACCAGAAUGUAGCGCCGAUGACCCCGCCAGAGACCCGACGGCCUACUUCGAGUUUGACCCCGAUAGCAUCGUCGUUCAGUCCGCGGGCAGAGAGAAGAUCACCGCCUGAGAUUACUCUUCCAAGGUGGCAGCCAGAUAGUGAGGUGACAUAUUGUCCGAUAUGCCACACACAAUUCAGCUUUUUUAUUAGAAAACAUCAUUGCCGAAAAUGCGGAAGAGUAGUAUGCAAUUCCUGCUCCCCUCAUAAGAUCACCAUACCUCAUCAAUAUAUUGUACGACCGCCUGGUGAACGGGCAUUUCAACGGUAUUCAUUUCUUGGAGAGGAAGGUGGCAUUUCCGAUUUCAGUGCUCUCGGGGGUGGUGAGCAAGUCCGAUUAUGCAACCCUUGUGUCCCGGAUCCGAACACUACGCCACCUCAAACUCAGCACUCGGCAGGCCAAUUCUCGCCGAGAUCUACGCACCAGCGAACACAGAGUAGUUCUAGUAAUUACGGCGGCGAUAGCGCCAUUCCCCGAUAUGCGCCGAUGGUGGUAUCGUCCAACAUGCCUCCUGAUGCUCACUCCAGGAGUCGAAGCGUUACCAUGAGCCCAACUUCCUCAAGGCCUCCCAAUAGCACUUACUUCCCACAUCAGAAUCGAAUCAUGGCGGGGACUCCUCCUACUUACUAUCCUCACCCGUAUUCGGGUUAUCGCCAUCCUUCCCUCUUAGGCCCUCGCUUCCCUGGAGCUUCUCUCAUUGAUCUUGCUGGCCCAUCUUCCUCCUCAUCCUCAGCGGCAGCCAUGAACCGGCCAUUACCACCACCCCCGCAGAUUCCGGAGGAGGACGAGUGCCCGGUUUGUCACCGGGAACUGCCCUCACGUGAGCUACCCAAUUUUGAGGCUCGCCGUGAGUCGCACAUCAGCUCUUGUAUCAUGGCGCACAGCACGUACAGCCCCGGGCCCGAUGCAUCUGGUAGGCCAGGGAAUCACGGACCGGUGCAACCUCGGCCUGCUCGGAGAACCGGCAUGUUCCCGUACUUAGCCACAGAAAAGGACUGCGUCGAUUCCGCAGAAUGCACCAUCUGUCUCGAAGAGUUUGAAGUCGGCGUUCCCAUGGCUCGCCUAGAGUGCCUUUGCCGAUUUCAUCGAUCGUGCAUUACUGCGUGGUUUGUUGACCACCCUGGGCGAUGCCCGGUGCACCAGCAUGACAGCUUUGGGUAUUAAAGAUGCAACGAAGAAAUAUACCCUGUCUGCAAGCCUCUACCACAUACCGCUCAACCCAGACUCUAUUAUAUGGUCUCUCGAUGAGUUUUGUUUGUAUUAAUAAGGUUCCUCACUCAGUUUCAUACAUGAGGAGGGUAUCGGGACCGGGCAAACUGCCUGGGUACAUUAUACGACGGGGCUGGGCGUUGCAAGAUGGCUUUAACACUCUUUCACUACCAAACAGUGUGCAUAUCUUUCCCGAGGGUUUGGUGUAUCGAGGAUCUUUCCUUUUUCUUUACCUUAGAUGGCGUGUGGCCCCACGCCACUACCUCAUAGUAUGGAGUUUCUGGCGUACGAGGCCCUGUUUUUUUUUUGUCGUUCCCGGAAUCUGGAUAGAUAUAUUAUUAUACCUUUGCUUUCCAAGGUUGUUUAAGCCCUGAAGCAAGCCUAGCAAUUCGUUGCUGGGAAUACAUACACAGGUAGUGCUGGUUAUUCUAUAGGUACUACAUAUGUAGGUAGCGUAGUUACAUAGAGGAUAGGUGCUAUAGGUAGCGCAAAUCAUCAACUUGCUCACUCACCUCAGCCAAUAACUAACUAACUGC